CUCCGCGAGCCAUUAGUCAACCUGUUGACCGCGCGUCGUGAUUCCGUACUAAACGGUGUAUCCCUUUUGCUAAAGAAAACUGCUGUGCGAUGAGUGAGACUUUUGUGAAACGGUUCUACUAAGAUCUUCCACGAAGAAGCUACGUACGGGAUGCGCAGCCGUGAACGCACGAGAGUGUAAUCCGAGAUCGUCCACUGACCGAGCGCGCACGAAUAAUGGUUUCGGAGGAUGAAAAUCUUGCCGGAGACGCCCUGGUGUUUGUGCCGAUCGUGAGUGAGCGUGCGUGAUUUGCCAAAUGCCGUGAUUCGUGUGCCGGAAUAUUGGUCCGCGAUCGCAGUCGUGAUCGUGCAGUGCGGCGUGAACGAUCACGAAGCGCACAACGCGAUCGAGUGCCGUGUGGGUCUGUGGGGAGUGCGAUUAUGCUGCAUUGAGGUGUACAGUGUGUUAACAAUGUUUUUCUCCCACGUUGGAGGAUGCCCGUGAAUCAAAGAUCGCUAGAGUGAGGAGUUAGAAAAGGUGGAAAAUCCCUCAAGCAGCAUGGUGUGCGACUGGAGUGCGAUGGGUGCAUCACAUCGAGGCGAGGCACCAGCAGACGUCGGGGUCAGCAGCAAGCUGCACCAUUUGGCGGUGGCAUGUUUGACGGUGAACGCGCUCGUGUUUGGCAGCUGCCUGGCCGUUCUCGGAUACAUCGUUUGGUGGAGGCGCACGGAGAAAAGGCGUCAUAAUCUGCUGGCGUUGCAUAAUUUGCGGUCAAUCGUACUGCUGGUUGCGGUGCUCGUUGGCAUCGGUGAAAUUGGCCACCAGUGGCUGACCGUUGCCCGCCUUGGUCAGGUACUGGUCGCCUGCCCAACGACGACCCAACCGGAAGCGGUGCACUCUCCUCAAUCGGAAGCGGUUCCGUUGACGAUCGACAGGAGGACACCAGCAGUGGCUACGGAGAUGCCUACGGUGCAUCGUUCUGCUGAGCUGGUCAAUGGAUCGGUGGACGGUGGCACCGGUGUUGCCAGGGAUGCGGUUCUGCUUGGUCUGGUGGCCGUAUGGGUUGGGCUGGUGGCACAGGGCGCCCUGGCCGUGCUGGUGCGAGCCAUCGAGCGACGAGAUAAAUGCGGACUAUUAUGCAUGGCCGUGGUGGCCGAAGGCGCCCAGUCGAUAGUGCGAUGGUGCAAAUUUAAAUAUAUCACCGACGGUGUCACCAGCGAGAGCAGCGCCACCGCGGGAGAUGCCACCAUCUUUGAGUCGCCGGAAGUGUGCCUAACGCUGGCCGGCGCCCUGGCAACCACCGCGCUCACCAUCGUCGACGGAUCGACGUGGUACCUCGAGCGAAACUCGGGGCGCCGGCACGUUUCAUCGAUAAUGUCGAACGAGCGCAAGCUCGGCUACAAGACGCCCCACUCGCCGUUUCUGUCGAAAAUCACUUUCCACUGGAUCGUGCCGCUGCUGUGGCGCGGCUACCAGGAACCGCUCGAGCUCGAGAGUCUGGGCGCGCUGCACGAGAAGGACACCAGCCGCUAUCACUACGAUCAGUUUCUGUUCAUUUAUCAAAGCUACAAGAGCACCCGUGCCUCGCUCUGGCGCUGCUACGUGCGCAACGGCUGGCGUAUGUUUCUGGUCGGUGGACUGCUGAAGCUGGCCGGCGAUCUGUGCGCUCUGGUGGGUCCACUGUGCAUUUCCAAUAUAGUCGAUUACAUAGCGUCGACCACGACACAGCAGCACAAUCCGGACGGCAGCGUAGCAGUCACCGUGGGGUUGGUUGCCGCCGUGUCAGCGUCCUUAAUUUUGGGCAAUGAUACGAUGGUGAAAGGUGCCAUCGACAAAUCGAAUCAAUCACCCGUUGGCAUGGCGGGAGCGGGAGUACUUGGUCAACCACCACCGCAACCACCAGCAGUGGCCACCAUUCUGUUGACGUCGAGCUGGUCGUCGUUCUUCGCGAACGGUUGGAUCGUGUGCGUUCUCGUGCUGAUUGCGUCGCUGGCCCAGGGUACACUUUCGCAGGCCAGCACUCACCUGAUGGACGGCGAAGGCAUCCGGUUGAAAAAUGCACUCCAGGGGCUGGUGUACCGGAAGACGCUCCUGCUUAGUACGAGCUGUUUUCACGCAGUGGCAGCGAACGCAACCCCUGAAAAGCAGAGCAGCAGCGAACCACAGCGAGAACCGGAGAACGAGGGGUCCCUCCACUGGAACCGUGUCGGGGGGAGUCGCAACCGUUCGAAGGUAGUGGCCGAUGCUGAACUAGCUCCUGUCAACGCAACGGCGGAUGUGCAGCAACAUGGUACGGUCCGGUACGCAAACAUCGGCCACGGUGAAGUGGCACCACCAUCGCGCGAUCCGUCGACCAAUGUCAAUCGAGCUCACGAUGACCGAACGGAAAUGGUUGGAACCACAGCGACCCGUGGUGGUACCGGAAAUGCUGCACCCAGCAGUAGUAGUACCGGUGAACAAAUGGGCAGCAUAACUGACAGUGGCACCAUCACCAACCUAAUGUCGGACGAUGCGUUCAACG